UGAGAAAUGUUUUGUUUAGAAGAGAGAGAGAGAGAGAGAGAGAGAGAAAGAAAAAGAGAGAAAGAUAUAAAACGAGAGGGAGGAAGUCAGAGAUCAGCACUCUGUAGACAUCUCACCAGUACACACCUUACCAGUCUUCAAGAACAUUCUGAAAAGAGAAAAAGAGUGAGAUAUCUAUGAACCUUUUCUUUUCAAUUUUCCAAUAGGACAAUGAAAAAUACAGUGAAGGGUUCUUUUUCAAAUUUUUUCUUUGAAUAUGAGACUCCUCGUCAAGUUAUAGUCAAGAACAAACGAGUUGCAGUUGUUUGUAGAAUCAUCCAGCUGGGGGUUCUAGCCUACAUUGUUGGGUGGGUGUUUAUGUAUGAGAAAGGUUAUCAGACUGUGGAUACUGCUAUAGGCUCGGUCUUCACCAAGAUGAAGGGACUGUCCUACACAAAUAUCAGUGGAGUGGAGAGGAUGUGGGAUGUAGCUGAUUAUGUUUUUCCUGAACAGGGUGACUCCUCUUUUGUUGUGAUGACAAAUUACAUUUCUACUAUCCAGACACAGGGCAAGUGUCCUGAGCUCCCAGAUGGGAAGAACAAGAACAAGUGUGACUCGGACGCAGACUGUGAUGAGGGCAAAUACAAACGUACGGGAAAUGGGCACAUGACAGGAAAGUGUGUGAACUCAACCAGUACUUGUGAGAUCUACUCCUGGUGUCCUGUUGAAGAUGAUCGUCAAAUACCGGAUCCUCCAAUUCUGCGGGCAGCAGAAAACUACACAUUGUUCAUUAAAAACUCCAUCACCUUUCGCCAGUUUAAAGUAAUCAGGAGUAACUUGGUAGAGGCUGUGAAUCAGAGUUACAUCAAUCGCUGUCUUUAUAACCCCACGAAUGAUCCACUGUGUCCUAUCUUCAGAUUGGGAGACAUCGUUGAGCGCUCUGGUUUCAAUUUCUCAGAGAUAGCUCGCGUGGGUGGGGCUGUAGGAAUUCUCAUUGACUGGGACUGCAAUCUGGACCGGAGUAUCAAAUACUGCAAACCAAAUUAUGAAUUCUAUGGCCUUUAUGGAACUGGGAAAGAUGACAAAGAGGAGAAACCAUCUUUGGGAUAUAAUUUCAGAUAUGGCAAAUAUUUUGUGGAGAACAAAGUGGAAAAGAGAACACUAAUGAAGGUGUUUGGCAUACGGAUAGACAUCGUUGUUCAUGGACGGGCAGGACAAUUUGAUAUUAUCCCAACACUGACAGCCAUAGGCUCAGGAGUAGGAAUCUUUGGAGUGGCAACUGUCCUCUGUGAUUUGCUCCUUCUGUAUUUACUUCCAAAGAGAGAUUACUACAAAAACAUGAAAUUCAAGAAUACAGAAUCCUAGAGGAGAAGCCAGAUUCGCCUCUUCACAGAAAAAGAAAGAUCAACCAUAGUUGUGGUCACAGUAAUUCCAGAUCUUUGCUGUGCACAGGAGUGAAAGCAGAGUGGCUGCCAUGACGACUGACUGCUGCACUGGGGAAGGAAAAAACUCUCAACACUGGAACAUAUAAGCAAGUGGACCAGGAGACUUGACUCCAGAACUAUCAUUUUCCUUUGUAAAUUAUAUUUCCAUCCCAAACUUUUGAAAAAAGACAUUAAAACACUAUUAUUAUUAUUAUUUAAGACAAAGCUCAUUUGCACUGGGUGUGCUUACUAUUGAAAAGCUUUCAACUGACUGCAAAGGGAAGCAAUAUUAUGAGGUGUGUGAUUGAGACUUCUUUGGGAUCCUUACAAGGUUAUCAAAAUAUUCUGCAGCAAAAUACUCAUUUCUGGAUAUCGACCAUUUAACUGUGAUGAGUUUUCACCUCAUUUUGCAGCGUAUGAAAGCAAACUUUUUAUAUUUGUCAAUUUAUUUUCAUUUGGUAUACUUUUUUGUUAUAUUACCCUGUCAUUCAUUUAAAAAACAACUCACCACUGCUGAUUCAAGGGUUCAAAUACAGUUUUUGAGGGAGUACAUUUGGCUCCUUCUCUCUUCUAUUUUUUUUUUUUCCAUUGUGGAAACAUAAAAGUAGAUUGAGGCAAAUGGAAAUGUAAAAUAAUUUGCUGUGGUCUCCCUGCUAUAGAAGUGUACCCAUCUGUAGUUGACGUCUGUGUUCCAAACCUGGAACUGUGAAGAGUCCAUUGUGUCACUUAUAUUGUAAUAGAUUUGUAUUUUAUUUUUGCUUUAAAAAGAUAGAUUGUCAAAGACUAGUCUGUGAAAGACAGAGCAACAUGUGAAUAUAUGAAUAAUUUAAGUAGUCUUUGUAUGUUUACUUUUCACACCUGUGUUAGUUUUAAUAGAUUCACAGAACACUUUUCACAGAACUAAAAGCAUCUGGACAGAGAACCCUGAGCCAAAAGUGUUUUAUAUACAAUUUAUACAGAAUAUGUUGGAUUUGUUCUUUGUACUAUACACUUUUCAAAUGAAAUCAUGUCUCCUUUUCAAUGGGAGAAACUCAUGGGAGGUUAGUUUAGCAAUUUUUACAAAUUUUUUAGUACAUUAUUAAAAUCUUGAAUAAUUUGGAAAUAUCAUAGACAGCAUCAUGAAGGAUUGCUUUACAUCAACAUCAUUGAGCCAUCAUAAUAAAAUUACAAAUGACAAAAGAUAAAAAUA